AAGUGGCGAGGGGGGAAAAAAAAAGGGAAAGGAAAGGAGAGGAGGAGGCGGCGGCGGCGGAGGAGGAGGGCGGCCUGCGGCCUGGCUCAGAGUUCGGAGAGCCUGGACGGAGGGACCCGGAGUCGCUGCCGUCACUGCCGUACACCGGCGCCGUUUCCGCUCCUGGUGCUGAAGAGGGCUCGGCCCCACAGGAGGAGGCAUCAUGAGUGAACAGCAGCUGGACUGUGCCUUGGAUUUGAUGAGGCGUCUUCCUCCCCAGCAGAUAGAGAAAAACCUCAGUGACCUGAUUGAUUUGGUUCCCAGCCUUUGUGAAGACCUCCUGUCCUCUGUGGACCAGCCUCUGAAGAUCGCUCGAGACAAAGUGGUCGGCAAGGACUACCUUCUCUGCGAUUACAACCGGGAUGGCGAUUCCUACAGGUCACCCUGGAGCAACAAAUACGACCCACCCUUGGAAGAUGGCGCCAUGCCUUCGGCUCGCCUGCGGAAGCUCGAGGUGGAGGCCAACAACGCCUUUGACCAGUAUAGAGACUUGUAUUUCGAAGGGGGCGUUUCCUCGGUCUACCUGUGGGAUCUGGAUCACGGCUUUGCCGGGGUGAUUCUAAUUAAGAAAGCAGGCGACGGAUCCAAGAAGAUCAAAGGGUGCUGGGACUCCAUCCACGUGGUAGAAGUCCAGGAGAAGUCCAGUGGCCGUACUGCCCACUACAAGCUGACUUCUACGGUGAUGCUGUGGCUGCAGACGAAUAAGACCGGCUCGGGCACCAUGAACCUGGGAGGCAGCCUUACCAGACAGAUGGAAAAAGACGAGACGGUGAGCGAUUCCUCUCCGCAUAUAGCCAAUAUUGGCCGUCUGGUUGAGGACAUGGAGAAUAAAAUCAGAAGUACGCUGAAUGAGAUUUAUUUUGGAAAGACAAAGGACAUUGUCAACGGGCUGAGGUCUGUGCAGACGUUUGCGGACAAAUCGAAGCAGGAAGCUCUGAAGAACGACCUGGUGGAGGCAUUGAAGAGAAAACAGCAAAGUUAGAAUCCAGCGUCUCCCCUUCGAGGAUGCUAACAAGACACGCCAUGCACUCAUUAGCACCCCCACCCCUCCCUAAAUUUCUUAGGAAUCUUUUUUUUCAUACUCCCCACCUCUCUGGCAUCCUCCUCCCCCCCCCCCUUGGCCUCUUCCCCGUUAUUUUCAUUUCCUGCGUACAAUAUUCUUCCACUCAUAAAACAUAAAUAAAUAAAAGCCUGGUUUUUUUUCCUCACCACCACCCCAAAUAAAGUUGUAAAACCUUUUUUGGGGGGGCGGCGGGGGGCGCUGUGAAGGGGGUGGGGCUCUCUAGCAGCUUAAUUCCCUCUGUCUUAUUGCCCACAGCCUUGCAAAAUGUAUUUUCUGUUGAUUUGUGCCCUUCCCGGCCUUUUUCGACCCUUCCUCCCCCCCCCCUUUUCUUCUUGGGCCUUACAUUUUAUCUGCCUAAUUUCCACCGAUCAUGUUUUUUUCUUUCGAUUUCUUGGUGCGAUCCUCCCCGGCUUCCCACCGCUCUUUCCAUAUUUUGUUAUAUUGGUGUAAAAAAUG